CCGAGACUUCCCCGAGUUACAGGAAAGGCUCUUCCGACCAUCUGAAGAGAGCUCCAAGAAGCAACACUUUGAGGAGCGACUGAGUGCCAUACCUAGUUUUCCACUGGGACUCUCCAGCUCGUCCGAAUUUUUUCUCUCUUUCGGAUGAGUCAUUGUUCGUCCCAACGACUGAAUCUUAUCUCGACUACACGCGAGGGGCAUCCAGAUCCGCUUUCUGAACCUAACUAGUGGGACAACUCAUCUCACGACAUGGGGCACCUCGUUACGGUGGCGACUUGCUCGCUGAACCAAUGGGCCUUGGACUGGGAAGGCAAUGCUGCUCGCAUUGUUGAGAGUAUUCAGAAAGCAAAGGCUGCAGGUGCACGAUUGCGCGUUGGGCCUGAACUAGAAAUAUGCGGCUACGGAUGUCUGGAUCACCUUCUCGAGCAGGACCUCUACCUGCACUGCUUCGAGAUGCUGCGCCGGAUCCUGCUCGACGAGACCUGCCACGGCAUCCUGCUCGACAUCGGCAUGCCGGUACAGCACCGCAACCAGCGCUUCAACUGCCGUAUUCUCUGCCUGGAUGGCAAGAUCCUCAUGAUCCGCCCCAAGAUGUGGCUCGCCAAUGACGGCAACUACCGCGAGAUGCGUCACUUCACCCCCUGGAUGCACCCGCGCCAGACUGAACAGUACCAUUUGCCCCGCAUCAUCCAGGAGAUUCAGGGCGCCACACAUGUCGUCUUUGGCGAUGCUGUGGUCUCGACUCCCGACACGUGCUUUGGUGCCGAGACUUGCGAGGAGUUGUUCACCCCGAACGCUCCGCAUAUCGCCAUGAGCCUCGACGGCGUGGAGAUCAUCACCAACUCCAGCGGCUCGCACUUCACCCUGCAGAAGCUCGAUACCCGUCUCAAGCUCAUCACGGAGGCCACCCGCAAGUGCGGAGGCAUCUACCUCUACGCCAACCAACAGGGUUGCGACGGCGACAGACUCUACUACGACGGCUCUGCCAUGAUUCUCGUCAACGGCGAAGUUGUCGCCCAGGGCUCCCAGUUCAGUCUGAACGAUGUUGAGGUCAUUACUGCCACCGUCGAUCUGGAGGAGGUCAGGGCCUAUCGGUCAGCCAUCUCUCGUGGUCUUCAGGCUGCGCGUUCCGACGCCAAGUACGAGAGGAUCCAAACCCCCUUUGAGCUCAGCUCCGAGGACGAAGAUGCCGACAUUAUGAUUACUCCCUCCCCCCCUAUCAAGCCAAAGUUUUAUUCCGUCGAGGAAGAGAUAGCUCUCUGUGCUGGCUGUUAUCUCUGGGAUUACCUUCGAAGGUCCGGCACCGCGGGCUACCUGGUACCCCUGAGUGGAGGAAUCGACUCCUGCGCCACAGCGACGAUCGUCUUCUCUAUGUGCCGCAUCGUUAUCAAGGCCGUUGAGGAGGGUAACGCCCAGGUGAUUGAAGACGUGAAGCGGCUCGCAAAGUACGACGGCGAGGGCGUCCUGCCCAAGACCCCGCAGGCCCUCUGCAACCAGAUCUUCUCAACCAUCUACAUGGGCAUGAAGACGCAAAGCUCGGCCGAGACGCGCCAGCGCGCCAAGGACCUCGCCGAGGCCAUCGGCAGCUACCACAUCAACCUCGACAUCGACGACGUCUACAACGCGCAGAAGAGCCUCGCCGUCAGCGCUCUCAACUUCGAGCCUAGGUUCAAGGUCGAGGGCGGCACGCAGCAGGAGAACCUGACGCUGCAGUGCAUCCAGGCGCGAAUCCGCAUGGUCACGGCGUACGAGUUUGGGCAGCUUCUUCCCACGGCCCGCGGCAGGCCUGGAGGCGGCGGUCUGCUCGUUUUGGGCAGCGCGAACGUCGGGGAGUCCCUCAGAGGAUAUUUUACCAAAUAUGACUGCUCCAGUGCCGACAUCAACCCCAUCGGUUCCAUCGACAAGGCCGACCUCAAGCGCUUCAUCGCCUGGGCUGAGAAGGAUUUUAACAUCCCCUGUCUCCAUGACUUCCUGACUGCAGUUCCGACUGCUGAGCUCGAGCCCAUCUCGGACACAUACGUGCAGAGCGAUGAAGUAGACAUGGGCAUGACCUACCAGGAGCUGACCAUCAUGGGCCGCCUACGCAAAGUCAAUAAGCUGGGCCCGUACGGCAUGUUCCAGCGCCUCGUUCACGAAUGGAGUGUCGACCGCAAGCGUGGACCUGAGGACGACGCGCCGGCGUAUGAGCCCAGCCAGACCGCGGACAAGGUCAAGAAGUUCUUCCACUUCUACGCCAUCAAUAGACACAAGAUGACGACACUCACGCCGGCCCUCCACUGCAACGACUACUCACCCGACGACAACCGAUUCGACCUCCGCCCAUUCCUGUAUCCCCCCUUCUGGAAGAGCUGGAGCUUCAAGAAGAUUGACGCGGAGCUCGCCAAGAUUGAGAAGCGAAGGGCGAAGACCAACGCAUAGAGACCCCGCCAACCGCCAUGGCGCGCCGCACGUGCCUGAUGGAGGAGUGGGAUGUCAAGAAAGAUAUAGAAGCAAAAUAAAAUCGGCACUCUGUGUUCACAUGGUGCUAUUGUCUCACCCUCCCCCUCUCCUUGUUCUGGAUAACGGGCUAGGGCAUAUGUUACGUGAGGCUUCGACACGUUGCAGUAGAGUUAUUGACAAGGCCAAGGCUAAGGACAGCGGGCAUGGGUGCCAACAUAGCCCACGAGAAGGCGAUGGCUUAGACAUCUCCCACAUUUACGAAUGAGAUGUCACAUUCAUUG